AUGCAGACAAGCGGACGCACAGAGGCCAACCAGCGCGCACGUCCCGCUACCGCUGCAGCUUGUCAGGCAGAGCGAGAGCGGAGGCAGACCAGGCUGUCUGUCUGCUGUGUGCCACUCCCAAUCUCGAGGUGUGCUGCUGCUGCUGUCUCGGAUCGGAAGCUAGCAGCUAACCAAAAGGGGCGGGGAAUGGUGCAGGUAGGGGGGAGGGGAGUGGAUCUAGCGCGCGGAGGGGGAGCGGAGAAAGAGGCGAAGGCGGGAGGCGGCGCGGAGCGGGGGGAGGAGCGGCGGGAAGGGAAAGCGGAAGAGAAGGAGGAUGAUGAGGAGGAGGAGGCGCGGCGCGCAACGAUAGGGCUGUUGGCUCACGGGUGGAAUGACGUGCGCGAGUGGCGCGCGGGGCUGGUGAAGGGCGUGGAGUACGUCAAAAUCGACUUCUCCUGGAUGCCGCCCGCAAGGUGCAAACUGCAGGUGCGGCACCCCUCUCAGAUGCGCCCUGCAGGUGGGACGAGGGACGAAGGGAAAGGGGCCGGGUGGAGGACUUCUUCCCCCGUUCUGCUCCCCGCACUCUCCUUACCGUCACGUCUCAAAAGUCGCACUCUCCUUACCGUCCUCCCCUUCUUCCAUUCCCUACUCUCCCACCUUCCGCACUCUCAUCAUCCCUUCUCUCUCCCUUCUCCCCGUACUCCCCCCCCCUUCUCUCCGCCCCUUCCCCCCGCCCCUUCUCUCCUGCUUGCAUUACAGGUGGGGCCGCACUGGCAGUACAAUCCACAUGGCUGCUUCGGAUUGGUGCACUCGCUGACGUGGCUCAGCCGCCAGCUCAACACCAGCGAUGACGUCAUCGCGUUCCUCCGUGACCCGGCCAAUCGCGUGCUUCUGACGUAUCCGCGCCCACGGCUCUACAUCCAGCUGUGCCCCAAAAACCGCCCUAUCCUCUGCACCACCAAUCACACCCGUGCUGCCGUAUCCUCUCAUGUUACCAGUCAUGAUAUGCCACGUGGCGAUGCUGCAGCAGAGAAGGCCAUCAGAAUGCACCACGUGGUGCCACGUGGCAGCAGUGCAAGAGUUCUGAGAGUGAUGGCACGUGCUACAGCUUCAUCCAGUAAAAACAACACCACCAAUGCAGGCGCAUCUGGUGCAUCUGGGAUAGGUGCAACUGAGACAGGCGAAUCUGGCGCAGGUACAUCUGUGGCGAGUGGGGCAAGGCAGGGGGGAGACGGCAUACGGUGGGGGGACGAGGGAGUGCGGCAGUGGAUGAGGCUUUUUGACGACUUCUUCCUACGCGCCUCUACCUCCCUGCAAGAGCUCCGCCUCAACGUGGCGACCAUCUCUGGCUAUGCGUCCGUGCUGGUGUAUUCGCCUCCUACUGGCGUCCUCUACUCCUCUGUGUCCCGUUUCCACCCUCAUCAGACCCACCCUCGCCCUCCCUUCCCCCGGGUUCUCCCCCGCCCUCGUGAAUGCGGGCAGAUGGGCGGGAAGUGUGUGGCGCAGCGGUGGCGGCCGUGGGUGCUAAACCAUGACGCCACAUUCACCUGGUGGGCGGCAGCAGCGCAGCAGCAGUUCAUGAAGUUCAAGGAUUCCGCCUAUGCCCUCGUGCUCUAUGAGCCUCAGGACGAGAGGGCAUUCGCCAUGUUUUCCGAUGUGUACCUCUCUGCCAACCUCACCCACACGCCCGGAUUCCGCUUCGCGAGCAACAUCGACCCCAUCAUGUUCCGCCUCUUCACCGCGCCCUCCUCCCACCUCGCCACCCACACCCCCUACGCCGAUGACGUCUCCUCGCCGCCUCCCCCCUUUUCCCGUCCUGCUGUGGCCGUCAUUCCACUGCCUGCCAACUCCAGGAGAUAUGGCGUGGCUUGGCAUAACUCCUCCUCCUCCUCCUCCUCCUCUUCCUCCUCCUCCUCCACCCCCCCCUCCUUUGCCAUCCUUACCGUCCAUUGGCUACCAGACAGCCCACUGGGUCCACCCUCUUCCCCUGUCUACACUGUUCAAAUCGCGCCAUCUCUCCCUGCCGCCCACCCACCCGCAACAGUAAUCAGCAGCACCGCACUGCCGGGCUGGGAACUUCUGUCUGCUUGUGAGGUGGAAAGAGGAAAGGGCGGUAGAGCUAAUGGCAAGGGGAAAGGGGAUAUUCAAACUGAGCAGGUGGCAUCUGAGCAGGUGGGGUCUGGACAGGUGGCAUCUGUAAGUGUGCCAGACCUGCCUCACGGCAUGGAAUUGGAGGUUGGAAAUGGCACGUUCGGGGGAGGAGUGGGGGGAGGAAGAGAUGGGGGCGGAGGUGGAGAUGAGACGGGGGAGGGAAGGGGAAGCAGGGAUAGGCGGAGGGUUGGCGUGGACGGGGUUGCUGUGGUAGCCAGUGACGCAUGUGGCGGCCAUAUCCUCCUGUGGUUCGCUUAUGACUCGCUAGCUCUCAGCCUUAUAUCGAGGAUAGACCUUCCAGAGCACACGCCGCAGGCUGGCGAUGGCACGCAGCUUUCCUCAGUCGCCUGGACCACUGUAGUGCUGGAGAUACCUGCUUCUAACGAGGAUGGGAAGACGAGCAGUGAGCAGGAGCAGCAGCAAAAGAAGAGUGCAAGGCAUGGCGGGGAUGAGGAGAGGGGAGUGGAUGGGUCUGAAGUGGUGGUGGUGGGUGUGGAGGCGUACAUUCCAAGUGGUAACCACCUUCUUGAUGACUCCACGGCAGCAAGUGGUGGAGAUGGGCAGACAGCAGACGAAGAAGCAAGCAGGCGCAGCAAGGGUGGGGAAAGGGGGAGCAGCAAGGGGCAAUUAUGUGGGAUCAUGGGUCGAGUGCUCCUCUGCUCUCUGCCUCCCCUCCCUGCUCAUCACCUCUGCCUCCCCACGCACUCCCUCCUGCUCGCCGCUCAGCAGUUGGCCAAGGGGGGCACGGAGAAUGACAAGCCGGUGGGAGAGGCAGAGGCAGAGAGUGGCCCCCCUGAGCCACCCGCUCAUAUUCAAGUGCAGGUCACCCCACCGCCUCUUGCCAACCCCGUGCCCUUCGCACGGGGCUCCAUGCCAACUGUCAGCAUGGCAUUGGCUGCGGGGAAGCGUGUUGCAGGUGAAGAGAGGGAGGGGGAGGAGGGAGAGGCGAAGGCGGGGGAGGAGGGGGAAGCGCGCGUGCUGCUGUUGCACACAGAUGCCUUCUGCUGGAACUCCUUUGCCCGCCACGACACCCCCCUCGGCUCCCCUCAGGUGUGUGACCUGCCGCGCACCAUAUUCGGGGCGUCUCAACCAGGCAUCCUUGCAUACACCUACGGCCGCCUCUCCACCCUCCACUCCCGCCUCUACGCCGCACACGCCUCCUCCAUCUCCUCGCUAUCCACCACAACCACCAACUCACCGCCAUCCAACGCCAUGGUGGCAUCAGCAUGCGACAGCGCUCUCCUUCACGGCACGUACGACCAGGGCGUCGGGGCUCCCGCCGCCGCCCUGCUGCUGCUCCCCCGUGCCAGCACCCGCUCCCACCACAUUGGAGAGAGGACGGGAGGGGAGAAGGAGGGAGAGGAGGAGCACGGGGAGGAGGAGGAGGGAGGCGAGGUGGUGGCAGUGGCGGUGGCAGUGCACAAGGGGUUGGCGAGAGGGGGGCUCAACAACUGUGGAGACCCCUUGCCUGCACCGGGGUUGGUGUUGGAUGUGUGGGACAUGCCGCCACUGCUGGACUGA